AUGCGCGAUGAUGCCCAAACGACAGAGGGGGAGGAGGAGGAGGAGGAGGAGGAGCGGGGUCUCCAACCUGCCCACCUCUCUCCUCCCUCCAGCACCGCGACAGACACCUCUCCUGGCCUAUCGCAUCAGAGCCGGACCCCCCUGCGUCCUUUCCCUCGCUCCCUCCCUCCCCGGUGCCCUGCCCACCCCGGCGGUCUCCUCUCCAGCCCUGCCAGAGCCAAUCCGCGACUGGGUGUAAGUAGGGCAAGCCGCUUCCUGGUUCUCAGAAAGAAGGAGCAGGGAGUCGGACGGGGCCAGCGGAGGCAGCAGCAGCAGCAGCAGACAGGGGGGUCAGAGGAGCCCGAGGAGCCGGCGGUCUGCAGAGAGGAGACAGGAGAGGAGAGAGAAACGCCGACGCGCACUUUGGCGGUUAAGCCCUCAGCUGAGAAGGAGGAGCGGCGACCCCCGUGGAAGAAAAGACAAGAGCAGGGAGUUUUAAAAAAGAAGAAGAAGAAGAAGAAGAAGAAGAAGAAGAAGUCAGGGUGGGACGGAAUAAUCCAGGAAGUGUGGAGGCCGGUCAGGUGGGAGGCGACGCGUCUGAACAGGUGUAUGAACUGUGCUGACCUCUGAGCAAAGGACCAAAGAGGAGGGGGACAAGCAGGAGGCAGAGGACAGCAGGCAUCCAUCUUCUCCUGAGUUUAUGGACUGGAGGUAGGAAUGUGUUGUCAUACAUUACU